AUGCGCCACUCACUGAGGUUUCUCUCGGCCACGAGAGCGCAUCUUGCCGACUACAUUGAUUACUUGCGGCAGGUAGACAAAGAGCUCCCCUCACUUCACGAUAUCUUUCCAAAGUCUAACGCAGUCGAGGAUGUGGUCAAGUUUCACGCGUCUCUUUGUGCCGCCAUGGAGGAGAACGCAUACCCUCUCAUAGGCUUUAAGGUUCUGCCGCCCGAGCAUGAGGCUAUUACUACCCUGCGCGGUACGCAGCCUGUUUGUUUUCCCAUCUUCUCGAAUCUUUUCCAAAGAAAAAGUGUAUCUGUGAAGCAAGAUCGACUCCAGUACAUCGAAACUGCGAUAUGCCUCGAGGUUAAACAUCUGGAAGACUGCAGCACGGUGGACGAAGCUUCACUGAACACCGGUGCAUUCUCUCCAAGUCUUGAAGUGUCUGGGUCACGGUUUCCGUUCUACGCACCGACACUGGCUGCAAUGGCAUGCGAUCUUGACGGAUGCGUCAGUAUCACAAAAGGGUGUAACAUCUCCAUGGACAGUAUCAAAAGAGAGAGUUUGACGACUACCCGCUUUGUCUUGACGCACAACCAAGAGCCAAUUCAGACGGGCUCAGCAAAACUGUGCAUGGAAACUCCAUUUGCUGCUGUCGUCACCGCGGCCGCAUACGCAAAGGCGAUCAAAGCACCUACAAAGAAAAACCUCUUUGUUUUUUGUGGUGGGGUGGCUCCGCGCACACCCAUUCAGGUUGGCACCUACGCUUUCGAAUGGGGCCGCUUUGGUCGGCUUACGUAUUCGGUCCUCCCUUGA